CUGAUGAAUGGUCGGCCAGAAGCUCAGAACCUAGGCUUUGUCGUCUAGAGCAUCCUCUCGCUCAGCAUCAGAUGGCUGUCGCAUGAACAGCCAAUUGUGAGAUCUGCUGCAAUCUUCUAUCGUCUCCAGUCUGUCCGUCUCGCCUCCCCCUUCCCCUCCCACAAGCUCCUGCCCUCCGUCCUCGUCUGUCUGAGUCUUCGCUGGUCCUUAUGGUUGUCGGUGACCGAUUUCUGUCUCGACGGUCGAACUUGUGAUGCGUGUGUUGCUCUCGUAGGCACGGAACCCAACCUCCAACUUCCUCCCAGCCUCCCACCCGGUCCACCCUCUGAAUCUGCUGCAGCAGGUGAGCAGCAGGAGACCAGGGAGACAGACAGAAGACGCAAGGGAAGACACGAAGAGAGGGAUGGAAGAAGAAGCUGGACUCGACAGAUUCUUUGCCUCCAGUCCUCACUGAGCUCACUCGACUCUCGUCUGUGAGUCUGCGCUCUCCUCCUCCUCCUCCUCCCUCCCUCUCUCUCUCUCUCUUCUCCCAACUCUGAUACAAGGCCUGCACUUGCUCUGCUGUUCUCUGCCCCGAUCCUCUUGCUGCGCAGGCUAUGGGUAGCCAGCUCGCGCUACGGUAGGCCCACUAGGCAUUGUAGCAUCAGCCAAGCACCAUCCUUCGUCCUCCGAGCACACUCCAGCAGGAGCCUACGGCAGCUAGCAUCUAGGCCGAGGCUGCGUGGGGAAAUUCAUCUCAUCGUCAUCCUGCCUGCCUGCCUGCCUGACUGCCUGCAUCCCUGCACCCCUGCCCGCAAGCUAGCUCCGUAGGUGCUGCAGCAGCACUGCGCCAUGCCAGACUUUGUAUGAUUUUAUCACAUGGAGCAGUCUCAGUGUGCGCUGCCGAGCAUGCCCGAUGCCCAUCCGAUGCAUGCAUGCCAAACGGCCCUGCCCAGCCCCAAGCUACCGUUCUGAGCUCAGAAUGAGUUUACCACGGCACGGCAAGGAGGACAUUUCUCUCUCAGGACCGAGCGCUGCACGAGGGAGAAGAAUCCAUUCGGGGCCGAGUGCUCCAUCCGGGUCUAGAUAGAUUGAUAGAUGUCUACGGGCCGCUCGCCGAGGCCAAGGGAGCGACGAAGUGCAAUAUUGUAUUGUAACGCCCCCUCCCGUCAGCUCAACGAUUUUCCCCGUCUCUGACCGGAGAAUUUAAGGCCCCGCAAUCAUUUUCGCGCUACUGCAUCUUCCAUCUUUACCGCUGUCCGAUAAUGCGUUCAUCUCAUCGCCUCCGCUCUACUCGCCCGGCCCCGAUCUUUACGGCCGGAUUGGAAUUUAGCGAUCGGAUGCAUUGGGUCCGUGAGUAAGAAGCUCCUCACAGUGACUUUGUCUGAGUCCACUCGAAUUUACAAAGGGAAGCAAGUGAGAGUGAGAGAGUGAGCUUCCCAUCCCGAAUCACUGCACUGGCUUUCUGGUGGAAUCGUCUGUGCAGCUCGCGGGGACGGGGCGGGCUUUCCAUAACGAGGGUGGUCGUCGGGAAUCGGAAUCAGUGCGUGGGGGAGGGAGGCCUAGAGUGGUGGUGCUGGUGGCGCUGGUGGCAUGGCCGCAGCUUGUGAGCUGUGUAGAGCCUACCAUAGACCGCCUGCUGACGCCGUGGAAUUUUCAAAGGCUACGCGGACGGAGCACCUGCUGGCUGCUACUACUGCGCUCGUUGUUGGUCCAGACAGAUUUCGUUGUCGUCUCGUUGCAUGCAGCUGCUGCUGAGGCCGGGGCUUCCUGCUCUUUUUGGAUUUGGCCCGGCUGGCUCAAUAUUUGGCAGGCCAACGCCACGAGAAAGGCCCUUUUGCAGCUGCGACAUGUUGCAAUAGUGAGUUUUGUCGGGGGUCGCGGAUGUGGUCGGCAGCGGCGACGCUCGUAAUCGAGGUAAAUCAUCGCCUCCCGGGCCUGUGAAAUCCGCACGCAGCAGCCGCGAGUGGUGUGUCCGAGCUCUCGGACGCGAGCGGCGAAUCUUAAAAGCUGCGCGACAAUGGCUGCAGGCGAGGAGCAGUGGUAGCACGUUCGGGCUUUGAUUUCACCUCCACGCAAUUAAUUGCCUUCGGAUCGGCAAAACUCAUCCCCCUCCAGCCGAAAUUGACCGGCUUGCGUCUGCCCAUCCGCUCAUCCCUGAGAUCUCAGUCCAGCCACAAAUUCCUCCUGUUUCCAUGUCCACAAUGUCCGCAGCCGUCACCGAGGAAUUCGGAAUCGCUCGCUCCUGAGCUCGAGCUGUGUAUGUGCGAGCGACCGGUCUCGCAGCGCAAAUUGAGUUGGUAGCAGUCACUCAAACGAAGCAGCUCCAGGUCCGGCAUUCGAAGUAUUCCUCGAUGUUCCAAGGGAUGGAUCCCACGCAAGAAAUCACAAGUUGAGAGGACUCAUUUCGGUUUAUCAAUCGUGGACUGAGUACGCAUUUCAAAAGCGAGGCAGUGGAAGAAAUAUCACAGAAUUCUGCAGUUGAGCGGAUUUUUUCACAUCGUCACGAUUGUCAUCAGAGGAGGAACGAGCUCGAGUCAGUCGUGGACACUCUGAGGGGUUCACAAUGGGGGAUCAGUCGGGGCAUGCUUCGAGUCCAGGGGAAAUGCGGCCCUUGCGAGACUUCCAGUACCAAAUGUCGCCGAGCCCGCUGUCUUCUCCCGUGACGGACCAAACUCCCAAAGAUCUCCGACGAUCGGCGUCCACGGGACUGUCGGGAUUGUCCAUUACGUCCACCAGCCUCUCCAGUCCUCUCGAUGGCAGCCGCAGCAGCACCUCUGGUCCGCGUACCGCAACUCUCACGUUCAAGGACUUGAAGGUUACGGUGCAAGUCCGAGGCGCUCCUCGUGUGGUCAUCGACAGCGUCUCCGGCUACGCUGAGCCCACCAAAAUUCUCGGCAUCAUGGGCCCCCGCGAGUCUGGCAAAACCUCUCUGCUCGACACCCUCGCAGGUCGGUUGACGAAGAACGCAGUUUACGAAGGCGAGAUUCUCCUUAAUGGCAGGCGACAGCAGCUUACAUACGGAACUGCUGCUUAUGUAUCGAACGAUGACGUCCUGGUGGGUACGCUGACUGUUCGAGAAACGGUGUACCUCUCGGCGUUGCUCCGACUUCCCGAAGGCAUCACACACCAGGAGAAAAUGGCGUUUGCCGAGUGCACAAUUGAGGAAAUGGGACUGCGAGAGUGCGCUGCUGUGCGGGUGGGCAGCACUUUCCAUCGCUCGGGCCUCAACGAUGGAGAGAAGAGAAGGCUCUCCAUAGCAUUAGAGCUUCUCAUGCGGCCCCACCUCGUCUAUCUGGACGACCCCAUCAGUGGACUGGAUAGCGCCAGUGCACUCUGCUUGAUGGCGAGGUUGAAGUGCCUCGCAAAAGACGGGCGAACGAUUAUAGCGACGUUUCGGCAACCCAGUACUGAUUCGUUCGAGCUCAUCGAUGAUCUGAUUCUGCUCGGAAAGGGCAGAAUGGUGUACUUCGGCGAGGCAUCGUCUGCUAAGGAGCAAUUUGCAAGGUCAGGAUAUCCGUGCCCACAAGGCUACAGUGCUCCAGAACACUUCCAGCGCACUCUAGAUCCUGCUUAUGAUGAAGUGAAAGCCAGUCUCUCAAGCGUUCAAGAUCCGGAGAAGAAGGAGCUGCUGUUCCGAGAAGAGACUUCUCAAGUCGUGCGCGCACUUGCCUCUUUCUAUGCCAACUCGCCUAUAUCCACAAGAGCGAGCCUCCGACGGUGUGAACUUGCCAAAAAGAAAGGAGCCGUGCUGGUAUCAAAUGGCCGAUCAGCCAAUUUCUGGCACCAGCUGCUGAUCCUAUCAUACCGAUCACUUUUGAACUGCACCAGAGAUCUGUGCUACUACUGGUCGAGACUGGGAGUCUCGAUUCUUCUCAUGAUCCUCAUCGGCACAAUUUUCUCGGGCCUCGGCGAUUCGAACAGCAACAUCAGGGCACGAGUGUCUUGUCUCUUUGUAGUACUCGAAUCUUUGAUGCUCGUCGCCGUGCUCGGUGGCUCCCCUUUUUUCUACCAAGAUAUCAAGCUCUUGUUGCGUGAAAGACUGAACCCUCACUAUGGGGCUGCGACAUUUGUGGUUGGAAGUACACUGGCUUCCUUGCCAUUUCUGCUGGUGAUGUCGACGGUGUCAGGAUGUGUUGUUUAUUUCAUGCCGGGGUUGAAAACCGCGUUCGAGCCUUUCAUCUACUUCGUGCUCUGCAUCUUCGCCACCUUACUCUCAGUCGAGGGUGUGAUGAUGAUAGUGUCAGUCCUGGCUUCUUCGGGUUACAUGGUCCUUACGUUAGGACUAUGCGUUCAGGGAGUAAAUAUACUCGUCGCUGGUUUCUUCAUGCUUCUGGACGAUCUGCCCAAAACACUCUGGAGAUAUCCGCUGUCAUUUUUGUCGUUCCACACGUACGCUCUCAGAGGGCUGGUUGUGAAUGAGUUUCAACAUUCCACUUUCUCUAACACUGAGACUUCGAACGGGGAGGCACUAAUUUCCAGGGUGUAUGGCACCAAGGACCCUUCCAAAUGGACGGACUUUGCCGUUGUGAUGUGCUUGGCCAUCGUCUACAGAUUCGUCCUCUACUGCCUGAUCUUGUUAUACGAGCGCUUGGAACCACUCAUCGUUGCAGUGAAGAGUCAACACCAACAAAAGAAGGCAUCGAGUCGGAACCUUUUAGAGCAAAAUAGACGACCAGGAGACUCGUUCAUUCCACAAGCAAGAUCCGUAAACGGGCAUGGCAUUGAUAGUUCCGAGCAAAGGUUUGUGGAAACCUCGAAGGACGAUACGGUCUGAGGAUUUUACGCGACUUGGUUUCAGACAGUGGCUUUUGUCAGGAAAGCUGACAUUGUAAUUUUACUUGGACCUGUAGUUUUGUUUCAGUCAGAUCUAACCUGUACGGAAUAGACAAACUUUAGAUAGACAAAUAUAUGAGAUGGAAGUAUAGUUUUUGAUACUCGACGUGGGCACAAUUUCCUUGUGCCCAGUAUCCAGCUCUGUAUAUAGAAGCAUUCUUUGUAACAAAGUUGUUUAUAACUCAUAAAUAACGUCGUAGCAAGUGUUUGGAGCAUGGCAAGCCCAAUGUGCAACCUCGGCCAAUCAAUCACAGCCUUCCGAAUUCGGGCUUGCUAAUUAAAACCAACUGAUUAUUGAGAGUAUAUCUUUUCCAUGUCUCGGCAGAACAAGUGGACUUCAGAAAAUGUUGUCCGACUCACCACAGCUUUAAAGAAUAGCUGAUAGUUGUGGAUCUCGUCACAGCAACAAUAUAGAACACUUGACAAUUUGACCUUGUCACCGUCUGUCAGAACACUACAUUCAAAUAAUAGUGAGUAGACUUCAAUAAGGAGAUCAUGAACACUGCAGAUAUGGAAAGAUCUGAGAAUUGCCCAACUCGGGUGUAAUCUUGAAGGACGAUAUCCGAUC